AUGGCUAUAGAAACUUCAAUUCCAUCAGAAUAUUACGAUGAUAAUUAUAUCCCAGGAACAACAAACAUUUUAACAGGGCAACAAAAUGAAUUAAAUUCAAUAACAUCAACAAAAUCAAUCAAAAGAGAUAAAAAUGGGUUAGUACUUAUUCCACAACCAACUGAUUCACCAAAUGAUCCAUUAAAUUGGUCCAAUGUACGCAAGUAUUGGAAUUAUUUCUUAUUAAUUUUUUAUACUGCUUUAACUGCUGCAACUUCAAAUGAUGCAGGAGCUACACAAGAUUCACUUAAUGAACGUUAUGGAAUUUCAUAUGAUGCAAUGAAUACUGGUGCUGGUGUAUUAUUUGCUUCGAUUGGUGUUGCGGCUUAUUUGUUAUCACCAGCUCCUGAUUUAUACGGAAGAAAGAUUGCUUAUCUUUUGUGCUUGCUCGUUGGACUUGUGGGUUGUAUCUGGUUCGCAGUCAGCAGAAGAACAUCAGACACUAUAUGGUCACAGUUAUUUGUUGGUAGUUCUGAAGCAGCUGCUGAAUCUUUAGUUUUAUUGUCUAUUACAGAUUUAUUUUUUCAAAAUCAAUUAGGUUUCCAUAUGUUUUUAUAUAUUUUCAGUACUUCUGUUGGUACCUUUUUAGGACCUUUAAUAGCUGGAUAUAUUGCUCAUUAUCAAUCUUUUAGAUGGGUUGGUUGGUGGGGUGCUAUCAUAUGUGGUGCUACUUUAGUGAUAUUCAUAUUCUUUUAUGAAGAAACUUCGUUUGAAAGGUAUUUGUAUGCUAAAGUUUAUGAUUCUACUUCAAUUGAUGGAGAUUAUGAUGUUACUAAUGAUAAAGACAUUAUUGUUAAAGAAGAUGAUGAUAAAAAAUCUACAAUUGAUACAAAAAUUUAUAACGAGGCAGAACCUCAUCAACAUCCUGUUAGUUCAAAUAGAGAAUUAGCUGAUAUUAAAACCAAUGAAAUGUUCAACAUUGAUCCAGAAACAAAAGAGGAAAAACCAAGACCUUAUUAUAAAAGUAUAGCGUUAAUUACACCAGCUAGUUUUUUGGUAGGUACAGGAUUCAAACAAUACCUUAAAAGAUUAUGGCUUUACUUAAAAGUAUUUAGAUUUGAGAUUGUCGUAUGGUCAGGAUUAAUGUGGGGUUUUCAAGAUGUCUUGUUAUCGUUUUACUUAACUACUGAAGAAACUAUAUUUUAUGAUCCACCGUACAACUAUUCUGAUUUUGGAGUAGCCAAUUUAAAUAUUGCAACUUUAGUAGGUAGUAUUAUAGGUUGUUUUUUGGCCGGUUAUGUUUCUGAUUAUUAUGUUUCUUGGAUUGCUAAAAGAAAUGGUGGGUUAUAUGAGCCAGAAUAUAGACUAUAUUUAUUAUUUAUUACAUUAAUUCUAUCACCAGCUGGUUUAAUUAUGUUUGGAGUAGGUAGUGAUAAGCAAUGGUCACCCGUUUGCAUAUACGCUGGGCUAGCUUUUGUCGGAUUUGGCUUUGGAAGUGUUGGUGAAUUGGCCUUAUCAUAUACAGUAGAUUGUUACCCUGAGAUAACCAUCAUAUCGAUGGUGAUAGUUGCUCUUAUCAAUAAUUUGUUGGCUUGUGUUUUUACAUUUGUUUGUUCAUUAUGGCUAGACGCUUCUGGCACAACUAAUACUUAUAUUGCUUUAGCUGUUAUAGAAUUUGCUUUAAUCGCUUUAAUUAUACCCUUGAUAUACUAUGGUAAAAGAAUUAGACAAAAAUCUAAAAAGAAUUAUAUUGAAUUGAUUGAAUUGCUUAAUGGAUUGAAAUGA